GUACUAUUUCUGCGCAAUGUAUUUUGUCAAAUUAAUACUGUGGAGUUGUCAUUGACAACCUUUUUUAUUUAAUUGUUUUAGGCUUUUGCACACUACAUGUAGCCUAUGAAAGAGGACACAGUAAAACAGCGAAGUGACAACUAUAUUUAAUCUGCAUUUCACCUUAGCCCAGGAAACAUCUCCUGCAAGCAGAAUCUUUGUGCUUUGUUAACUGUUCAGUUAAAAAGUCUUAAGAAAAAGGGAAAAACAUCUUUAGCCAAUGGACUAACCCUGGGACUUUUUGUCCAAGACCUGACCUGUUCUGUUACAAAACGUGUGUGUUCUAACUUAAAAUAUAUGUGACAAAUAUGGUUCUACUAACCAUAAGACAUGGAAGAGAACUGACAAAACUGUACCACCAUUAUCAAGUUUAACAUUAGAGGUACCUGACUGAAACCUUAUCCUUACCCGCCUUUCUAGUCCUUUUUUCUUUCUAGGUCUUUCUCUACCCCCCGAGUUGUAUCACCUUAUCCUCUCGAUUGCUGUGUAGUGAGGUACAGUAACCUGAACUGGGGCAGACACGGGCACAGAUAACGAAGCAAUACCGUCUCCCUUUCUCUCUGUCAGAAUGGCUGAUAAUCACAGGUGUUGACAGACAGACGGCUUUGCCGGCGGCCCAUUGGCGGAGCCUGCCCUCAGUCAGAGAAACCGAAGUUCUAAAGUGCCGAGAGGAGCUGGCGGAGAGCUGCUUGUGUAGGAGAUGAUCAGCAUAAAAACUGUGGCAACUCGGGUGCUUCGAGAAAGUUCACUGGAAGACCUUUGCACAGUUUUUUUUUCCACAAGGAAACUGUUCUUAGGGCUUACUGGUUUCCAAGGGGAUUUUAGGUCUGUGGUAUUUCCGUUAGAGAGGUGAAGAACUCGCCCUCCGGUUUGGCCUUGUGGAUGGAUCUAACCGUCAGGAACCUUCCAGAACCUCCGUUUAUUCAGGUUGCGACGCAUCCCGGCUAGAACGGCACGAGUUUAUUCGGUUCUGCGAACGUGGGUCGCCUAAGAGUACAUCGUCUUUUCUUCGAGUCUUCUGUGGAUCUGCUGGGGGGCGUCUGAUGGAGUCCCGUUGGGGGUCAUUCAGGAGGUCUGUCAUGCGGAGGUACAUACAGGUACCUCACACUGAGGCUGAUGGGGCCUUCAACCUCAGCGGAGGCUGGAGCAGACGACCCGUCUUGAGGUUUGGUGUGUGUGGUUGCUGUGGUCCCCUGAGGCCCAGGUACAAGCGCCUUGUGGACAACAUUUUCCCAGAGGACCCCAAAGACGGCCUUGUCAAGUCGGACAUGGAGAAGCUCACCUUCUACGCCGUGUCGGCCCCGGAGAAGCUGGACCGCAUCGGGGCCUACCUGGCCGAGCGGCUCAGCCGGGAUGUGGUUCGCCAUCGCUACGGCUACGUGGUGAUCGCCAUGGAGGCCCUGGACCAGCUGCUGAUGGCCUGUCACUCUCAGAGCAUCAAGCCCUUCGUGGAGAGCUUCCUCCACAUGGUGGCCAAGCUGCUGGAGUCCAGAGAGCCCGACCUCCAGGUCCUGGGUACCAACUCGUUUGUCAAGUUCGCAAACAUCGAGGAGGACACGCCGUCCUAUCACCGCCGCUACGACUUCUUUGUGUCGCAGUUCAGCGCCAUGUGCCACUCCACACACGAGGACCAGGAAGUCAGGACCAGGAUCCGGGUGGCUGGGAUCAAGGGGCUGCAGGGGGUGGUGAGGAAGACAGUGAAUGACGAGCUCCAGGCCAUCAUCUGGGAGCCCCAGCACAUGGACAAGCUCAUCCCCUCCAUGCUGUUCAACAUGCAGGACGCAGAAGACCUGGACAGGGUGGGGCACCCCAGCACCCCAUCAGUGUCUGGGCAGGAGGGGGAGGAGAACCCUGCCUCUCUGGCAGAGAGCUGCUUCAGAGAGCUGCUGGGCCGAGCCGCCUACGGCAACAUGAACAACGCUGUCCGACCCGUGCUAGUGCACCUCGACAACCACCGCUUGUGGGACCCCAACGAGUUUGCCGUCUCCUGCUUCAGGAUCAUCAUGUACUCCAUUCAGGCCCAGCACUCCCACCACGUCAUCCAGCAGGUCCUGGGUCACCUGGACGCUCACAACAAGAACACCCCUCGCGUCCGCGCCGGCAUCGUGCAGGUCCUCCUGGAAACGGUCGCCAUAGCAGCCAAAGGUUCCGUGGGCCCCACGGUGCUGGAGGUGUUCAACACGCUACUGAAGCACCUGAGGAUGAGCGUGGACUUUGAGCUGGGAGAGACGUCCAGACGCAGCUCUGCCGUCAGCAACUCUUCCGGCGGCCGCCCCAAAGAGCACGAGGAGCGCAUCGUCCAGAACGCCAUCAUCCAGACCAUCGGCUUCUUUGGUGGUAACCUACCAGACUACCAGCGGGCAGAGGUGAUGAUGUUCAUCAUGGGCAAGGUGCCCGUCGACGGCACUCCCUGCCACAGCCUGGACACGGUCAAGAUCGGGCACCAGGGCACCAAGCGUAUCCAGGCCAUGCUUCUGAGCUCUCUCAUCAUGGUGACCUCUGGCUUCAAGUCCAAGACCAUGGCGGCAGCCCUCCCCCCUCCCUUCCUGGACCCCCUCUUCUCCAUCUCCCUGAUGGAGGACAGCGAGCUACGCCAGCUGGUGCUCGAGAUCCUGCACAACAUCAUCGAUCGCCACGACAACCGCGCCAAGCUGAGGGGCAUCAGGAUCAUUCCUAACGUGGCGGCCCUGAAGAUCAAGAGGGAGAAGAUAUCCAAACAAGACGUUGGCUUCAUGAAAAAGCACGGCCAGCAGCUCUACCGUCACAUCUACCUGGGCUGCAAGGAGGAAGACAACGGCCACAAGAGCUUUGAGCUGCUCUUCACGGCUCUGGCCUUGUUGACCAUCGAGCUGGCUAACGAGGAGGUGGUGGUGGACCUCAUUCGCCUGGCCAUAGCUCUGCAGGACAUGUCGCUAGCCAAUGAGGAGAACAUGCCCAUGUUCAUCCGUUGUGGCAUCAUGGCUCUGGUGGCGGCCUACCUUAACUUCCUGAGCCAGAUGAUCGCCAACCCGCCCUUCUGUCAGCACGUCAGCAAGGUCAUUGAGUUGAGGAACCUGGAGGCCCCUUACCUGCUCCCCGAGCACAUCUUCAGAGAGAAGUGUCCGCUUCCAGGCUCCCUGGAGAAGGAGGAGCGAGCGCUGUAUUUCCAGAAUGUUGACCUGGCGGAGUGUCUGGCAGGACCGGGCUACAACGUGGAGCGCAUCAUCAUCCCGUACGUGCCUCAGGUCACAGAUGAAGACCGCCUCAGCAGGAGAAAGAGUUUCGUCGACACCAUCUCUCUGCAAGUGGACAUCCUCUCCAACAGCCUCCCAGACAAGUCUGAAUUGGCUGAGGAGAUUACCUUUGAGACCUUGAAGAAAGCCAUUGACACCACAGGGUUAGAGGAGCAGGAGAAGGAGAAGAGACGCCAGGUGAUGGAGAAGUUCCAGAAGGCUCCGUUUGAGGAGAUCGCCGCUCACUGCGAGUCCAAGGCCAACAUGUUGCACGACAGGCUGGCUCAAAUCUUCGAGCUCACAAUUAGGCCUCCCCCCAGUCCAUCAGGGGUGGUGUCCAUCUCUGCCGGCCACACCCAGAACCAGUCUGUCCCCGUCUACGAGAUGAAAUUCCCAGACUUGUGUGUCUACUAGAGCAAAACGACGCCUCACAUUUCAACCUCUCAACCACCUUAUAUUCUAUAUUUAUCUCUUUGAGAGAAAAAAAAAACAGACUAGUAGGAGUAUUGUCUACUACCAGAGUUGUUACAAACUGUGUAACUGAACCACUAAUGUGACCGUGUUUUCAUAACUCCCUAACAGGCUGGACCACCUCACAUAGCGAUCAAUUAGCUGCUUUGCAUUGGCUAAUUAGCAGAAAUCUAUUUUAGCCACUGGAAAAAAAAUCACGAUUAUUAUAUUAUUGAUGUUAGCAGAGCAGGUUAGCCUUUCCAAUGAGACGGAUGUGUAGGGAGGCUGUCUAAGACACUUCUAGAGCACUUACUGCAACCCAGGAUGUUCUAAAAACCCUGGUCAAAUCCAGACCAAAGGACAGAAAACCACAUGAUCCGUGAACUUAAAAGAAACUAAACCAGAGGCCAGAGGUACUAAUGUUAGCUCCACGAAUCAGCAAGAAACCCUUCAUAUGGCACUUGAGGAAAAAGCCAGUUGGAGAUGAAAGAAAAUGGUCAUGAUCUGAUUACAUGGUAUUUGUAACAUUCCUCAAAAUAUAUUUCUGUGUUAUUCAGUUUGAUAACUGUCACUGUGGACAACGGGGGGGAUAAGUAGUAUGGAACUGCAAUCAUGUAGUCUUCUGCAGUAGUUUGGGAAAAUAAUUAUCAUUUCAAGUACUUGAUGGUUUACUGGUUUCAGCUUCGAGUUCAACUCCAGUUCAUAUGUUGUGCAGUUUGUGUGUUUUUCCACCAGAUUACCUUCUCUGCCUGUCUUUCUUAGAGCACUUUUGUGGUUUGGCACAAAGCUAAUAGCUUUUAGUCCUACUUCUCCUGUCAGAAGUUUGUUCCACACGGCACUGUAGAAUAGCUCCCUUAGAAUUCAGUCUUUUUGAAAGCUGCUUAAAAAUGUUUUUAUUUUUUUUUAUUUUUUAGCAUGACUCCUCAUACUAGAACAAUGACUAGAACAGUGACCUGUCAAGCAUUGUGCAUGAUAGCAGUGUAAAAAGUUAAUGGCGCAGAGCUUUCAGUCUGUACAUUUUGACACUGCACUGUUACCACUGCUUUCACGCCAUGUCAGUCCAGUUUGAACUCAUAACACCUUACAGCAGGACAAAGUAGAAUCAAAUGGAGUCUUGUAUUCAUCCCACUCCAAUAUUCCACACUGAAAACCAGCAUGAACUUAUUAAGCACAACGCAAUCGUAUGUAGACAGCAACAUAUUUGCAUCGUUUAUUCUACAGUAUAUUCUUGUAAGAGAUUUUAACGAGAGAUGCUGGGGAGGGGGGGGGGGGGGGUUAAAAUAUGAACAGAUUAUACUUCACAGGCACACACAUCUUACAUUUGUAACUCCAGUAUUUUGCUGUAUCUGCAUUUUGAUGUCAUCAGAUUUGUACUUAUCAUAAUAAGUAAUAUGCUUAUUGCUGUUGGCCAGAGUGUAAUUUGUAUACAAUGUGAGCAGUUGAGUCUAAUUGUUGCUUUAGGCUUCAAAGCUCUAGCUUCCUGUGAAAUAUUUUGUGAUUUUGUUUGUUGGAAUGUAAUUUGGAGUAUUUGGGGGGAAAAAACAUGCGCAAUAUUGAGGCUUUGUAGACCACACUAACAACUCACAGCAACAGCGAAUAUGCAUUUUUACUAGCACUGUCUGCCAUCUAGAGUACCAAAACACUUCCAUCGCCAAAGAAAUCCACCGCCACAUUUUAUAACACAACCUGAAAGGCUCAUCUUCCGGAGGAUAGCUUCUGUCGGAUUGCAAGCAGCAUUGACACACCACUGAGCAAUUUAAUAACACAGAUAUGAAUCUAUGUUUACGGCGUUGAAUGUGGGUUUGGUGUUAGCUGGCUCUUCCGGGCCCUGCCUUCAGUUUUCUGGCUGGUUUAUGCAGCCUCGUGCCGUGUGUUAAGACUCUGCCGUUUAAUGUUGUCGAAGAUGGUUACAAACUUGCUCUCUCCCUUAUGAACAAAGCAAAUCGGUUCGACCAAGCACAGAGGGCUGAGGCAUGGUUUAGUAUGUAUUGUGUGCGUGUUUACCCAGUAAUGCCUUUAGGGGUAGUUUAUUCUGGAAAACAUCGCAACACAAGGCCAGUAAGCGUGUAUGUGUUAUUUUGUAGAUGGUUACAGUUAAAGGGUUUGGAAUCGAGUGAAGGUUCUGGAAUGUUGUCCAAUGGCUCUUUGUUAUUAUUAUGGGAUGGCGAUUUUUGUGUAUUUUCAAGGUGGUAUUGUGAUGUUUGAGGUUGAUCAGAAGGGCAGGUUUGUUACCCUGGUGAUGAUGGCGACUGGUAUGAGUUCAGUCUGACUGUGUCUGUGAGCAGCAGUAAAGGAAAGCUGUAGAGUCUGACUUAACCGAAAUCUGGAUAGUGUGUCAUCUCGUAAGAAAGGACUGGUGUCAUUAAUGACAGGGACUUCAAUACUGGACUGGGCUUGGAUAGGCCAUCUUACACCAGACCACAAUUGAUCAAAACAAUGAAAAAUCCAUCCAACUCCAUUUUAAUGUUAAGGUGAUUUUGUUAACUUGAUUCAUAUUAUUUGAUCUAAUAUAGAAAACCACUCAGUACACUUAAUCUAAAUUCAUAUUAAAUGUGUGUUCUAUGUGCAAUAUCUACAUUGUUUUGGUCAGAUCAUAGAAUUUAAAAUGUGUUUGAUUAUGGGAUGUCUUACCUUAGGGAAAAGUGGUGUGUAUAGAUGCAUUGUAUAGAUUGACUGUUCAUAUAGCAACAGUAUCUAUGUGGAGGGUGAACUAUGAGAAAUGGCACUUAGGUUGUUAUAGGCCAUAUAGUAUCAUGUACUCUAAGAAAGAGUCAUCAAAGCCUAUCAUAUUAUACAUAUAUAUAUUUUUAUAGCCUAGAUAUGCAUUCUAUUGUUGGCAUGUUGCCUGAUAGAGAUUAAGAUCUUGGUUGCUGUGUGUAUUCUGUGUACCAGUUGCGAGUCCCGUGUUUCUGGAGGUAGUUAGGGUUUAAACAGGGUUGUUUUUUGUCUCAUCAAAGGUUAUUCUCUGUAUAGACUGGAGUUAUAAAUGCUCCAGUACUGUACCACCUACUUUUAUGUCCUUGAGGAAGAUGGGACUACGUGUUCUGACAGACAUAAUAAGCCUGUUAGCAGCACAGUCUGUAACUGUCAAGCAUCUAGGUGUUUCUUUAUAAUUGGGAUAGGACAACACAAUGAAAGGUGUGGGAUAAAAUGCUCUUGAAGUCAGUUACCUCCAGAAAUAGGUUCUCCAAGGCAACGCAGUCAGGUAAAAUGUUGUAUUCCUUACAAUCGACACUGUGGUAUUCUGUUUAUAUGGUUGUUAAGAGUAAAAAGAAAAAUGACCACAUGGGUCAAACUUAUCUCGUUAUCUCUUAGCGAAAUCAGGUCACAAGACCUGUUUUAUUAAUAGUUCAAAUAAAAACAUACGAGAAGAUAAUUUGCGUAAACAUCUAGACACAGAUAUUCUUGUGAGAGGAUAGUAACAGUGACCAUUUAUCAGUUAACAAAUUAUAAAAAAAUAAUGUUUAAUGAGAGGGUGCACACCCAGUUUGCAAUAGCAAUGGGAGACUUAAUAAUGUAUUUAUGUUGGCAUUUGUUUGCACAUUUUAUGUUAUGUACCUGGUACUUGGGGAGAUUUAGUUUUAGCAUUGUUUGAUUAAUUUGAUGUUGUCCUUAUCAAUAUGUCAUUAUGGGUAAUCAUCCAUGUAAUCAGUACAGGUUCCGGUUCAAUUUCUCUGGUACAGUUUUUCCAAUAGGGAACCACAGCGAUAUGGAGUUAGGCCAUCAGUCUCAUGCUAAUAUUUUGUGAUGCAAAAGUGAUUUGUGCCUGAUCUGAAGUCAUCGUUCAACAAUCGCAAUGAAGACAUGAAGUCAUUCUAGUUCAUGACCUUUUGCAAUGUAAUUGAAAACCACUGAAGCUUGGCUUGAUUCAAACUGCUCACUGUUGGUUUUAACCACUAUGACAGAUCUUUUAUUCAGUCAUCACAUAUCACACAUGCAUAGAGAUCAUUGUAUGAGAAAUAUACAAAAAUACAAUAAAUUGUUUCUAUCAAA